AUGUUGGAUACAAAUCCAAGACUAUUAACACGUGAUUUUAUCGGUCUAUGUAUUGGUAUUCUUUCUGUUGUGCUUGUCAUUCUGAUCGUAGCUAUAUGCAAAUGGUCUCACUGUUUAUGUUUAAAACGUAAUAAUGAUCAAAAUGAAGUAUUGUCAUCUAUUCUACAACAAAAUAUAUCAUCAUCAGAUUCAAAUGUACGACGUCAUUAUCAAAAUAAUGGUUAUCCUGUUCAUCUACAACAACGACAACAACAAUGGCCACCAUUAUAUGAUAAUCAUCCAAGUAGUGUCUAUCAGCAUAUAGGUGAUUCUAGAGAUGAUGUUAUUUCUUCAUUACAAGCUGGUAAUAGUAGAUAUCGUAUAAAUGAUAUUAAAGCACCUCGUGUUACAAUAACAACAUUACCGGUACAACCUUCUCAACAACGUGUCCCGUGUCUUUCGAUGAGUCCACAAAUAUCCGGCUCAUCGAUUACACGUAGUACAAAUUCACUUAAAUAG